GCUACGAAAUGUCAAAUAACGCGCUUGGAUUUGUUUACCCACGAGUUGGUGCUUCGUACGCUGGUCGAUUGCCUGCAAACGGAAUUCUUUCUACGUUUCGGAACGUGCUUAUCGUGCGAAUCGUUGAUCCCUUGGCCAGUUUACGCUUUGCCAAGCAAAUAUUCAUCUUGAUCGGUUUCGUACCGUAACCAAAAAACAAAACACUUACAACAUGAUCAUCCCGGUGCGGUGUUUCACAUGCGGCAAGGUGAUAGGCAAUAAGUGGGAAGCGUACCUCGGUUUGCUACAGGCCGAAUACACCGAAGGUGAUGCCCUCGAUGCGCUCGGCCUGAAGCGGUACUGCUGCAGACGCAUGCUGCUCGGUCACGUCGAUCUAAUCGAAAAGCUGCUUAACUACGCUCCGCUCGAGAAGUAAAGGAAGGAAACGAACGUCAGGGUUUAGCUGUAAGGGGUGCUACAUUUUAUUAGACUUUUGUGUAACUAAAAAACGGUGAAUACAUGUAAACGUUAUUGCGUUACUCGAAACGGG